CACUUGCUGGCAGCCAGGAUCUGCACCUCCUCCCAACCUCCCCAGCUGGGGCCAGGCAAGAGCCUCUGUUCCCUUGACUACACAGUACACAGAGCUACAGGAGCUGUGGGAGAUGUGCUCCAGCAGAGCUGGGAUGCCGAGUAACUACUCCUUUGGAUCAUGCCAACCCAGGAGGCUCUUUCCUCACUUCUAUCCCCCAAACCGGAUGGGGAACAACUUUCUCCCUCUUAGGGGAUUUCCUCACACAGGGCCUGGAAGUUACAUGACAGAUUCCUAUGGCUUGGCAUACAACUUAACCAAGAUUCCAACCAGUACAAAAGGAUAUACUCUUGGAGCCAGAACAGCUAUGAGGUUUAAGCCAGUCAACAAGGAAUUGACACUUCACCCAGGCAAGUACCAGAGAGUAGAAAAUUGGAAGGAAAAAACAAAGCAAAGUUUUGUUCCAUUUAAUGCCUUGAUGCCUCGAUUUCAGAGCUAUACAAAAGACAAUUUCCCUGGGCCUGGUACAUACAAUCCAGAGAAAAAGCCAUUCCCAAAAAUUACUUGGCCAAUGAAAUUUGGAUCUCCAGAUUGGGCUCAGGUUCCAAGUCUACAGAAAAGAACUCUAAAAGCUGAGCUGUCCACAGACAAAGAAUUUAGAAAGCAUCGGAACCGAGUUGCUUACUUAAGCCUGUUUUACGAUUGAGCAGUGAUCACUUCCUUCACAUGCUUCUCCUGAUCACAGACUCUUCAGAAUAGAGGACAGAGCUGCUCUUGGUCUGCAUCACCACGGCCCUCAUGUCUUUCAGCCCUGGGCCCAGAACGUGUUAAGGGCCUCACAACUGAGAUUUCUGAGCAUAAAAACUGGUUCCAAGUG